UUGAAACUCUUCAGUUUUUAUUUUUCCUUUGGCUGAACUGCACAAUUCGUUGUUUCCUCGAAUAACGAAGCCUAUUAGCUCAGGAUAUUUUAUUAGUCUAAUUUUAUUUUAAAUUUGCUGAAGAAACUCUUCAUUCCAUCAUUUUCGUAAAAGAAAAGGAUUUGAAAGUUUCGUUCCAUUGGCACCGCGAAAAUCUUUUCUUGGAAGAUCCUCGUCGAUCUGUGUCUCAAUUCCUCGUCGUCAAUCACCUUGAGUGUACGCCAUCUUGUUUUUUGUUUUGUUUUUUGCUUCUAAAUGUGGGAGAGGCGUUGAUGGAAUAUCGUUAACCAAAAAACUCUUAACCAUCACCCAAACUGGAAACGGAAUUAUUAGCGUAGUAAAAAAAAAAGCCAAACUCAAACGAAGCAAAAAGAAGAAGAUGCCUUGUUCGGCUUACACGCUUUCGUUGGCCACGAUCGCCGCCGUGAUCUCAGUGGCGUUGAUCGCGAUCGCCUUCUCCACGGAUAAUUGGAGUCGGAUUACUGUCGAUCGUCUGAAACUCGAGCCUCAGGUGACACGAGGCGAUUUGGCGUUGCAAGGUGAACUGGAGAGCAACAUUUUAUAUUUCUCCAGAACCAAAGGACUCUUCCGUAUUUGCUUUGACGACAAGAAAGUUCCUAAAGGAGUGGAGACGUAUCGCUCGCCGGUCGAGACCAUCUGCACCAACAUCGAUUAUUACAUUCCCGACAACAAGGGCGACACGAAAUCUUUCAGCGAAGAUGCUAUGGCCCGACUGCAUAUGGGCCGCGCCAUGAUUGCUCUCUUCAUCGUGUCCUUUUUCUUUGACUUUGUGGCCUUUUGGACGGGCGUCGUCGGCUGCUGGCGCCGCGGAGCGGGCAACAUUACCAGUACCGCAAUCCUCAUGCUUCUUGCCUGUCUGUUUAGCGCCGGCGGCAUGGGUCUGUGGCACGGCGUCGAAUUCUACGAGAACGAGAAACUGGUGGGCGAACGCGAGUUCCUCCGCCCCAAGGUCUUGAAAGAUGCUUCCAAAAUCGAUUACGACUGGUCGUACAUGAUUGCCUGGAUUGGUGUCGGUUUCGCCCUGAUCUCGUCCAUCCUCUUCUCCUGCGCUGCCAUUUGCUUGCGCCGCGAACGCGAGAAGGAAGAGGCCGUCAAUAUGCAGUACCUCAUGCCUGUUUAUCCUCAAAAGCAGCAGUAUGCUUAUGGCUACGCUUAUCCAGGACCUUACGCCUACGGAUCGCAGUACGGACCGUACAAUUACUAAAAGAAGAAAGUGAAACACGAUACAAACAAAAAGGAUCGUUUUUUUUAUGACUCGACGGCCUUCUCUCUAUGCAGUUUUCCGUUUUUAAAAAAUUUCAUGUUCCAACAAGCGAAUCGACAGUAUGUUUUAAUCCGGACGAUGCGCUCUCUUGCAGAUUUUGUUUUCCAUGUUCGAUUGUUUUUUUUUAGAAACCAGAUUUGUCGUCAUAAUAAGCAACAAUAACAAAAAUCCCAUUUUUCUGUAGUUUAAAGAUUGGGGGUCUUACAGGCCACAAUCCAUUGUGCCGAUGUGUAAAUAAAGGAUCCAUUCUCCAGCAGUUCCCUCAGACAAAAACAAAAUUUGCUCCUCCUGUGGCCCUGUACUGCUUCUUUUUCUUUUUUGUUUGUUUAUUCAUAUACGGCCCAGAAUAAUAA